AGGGUGGGGAACCUGCUUGAUCUAUUGAUUGCUUAAUUGCAUGCUGCACAAUAGAUGAACUCGCAUAAAAGAGUCUACGGUUGACUUGGACAAUUUUGGCAACAUGGGCCCGAAUUAGACUUAUUGCAGAGCAAGCUUACUUGAUUGGCUGAUAGAGGGGGCUGUCUGCAAUGACACACAAUGAAGAAAGGGCCCAUUGGGUCAAGGAGGGAAUGAUUGGUCUAGGAGUGGGUGUGUUAUAUGGGACAACCAGUGUAUGUGUAGGACAUCCUUUUGACACUAUCAAGACAAAGAUGCAGGCACAAUCAGGCUUUGAAAAGGCAGGCAUGUUCAAAGCAUUCAGCAAGACUCUAAGGACACAAGGCAUUAUAGGCCUGUAUAGAGGCUGCAUACCUCCACUUUGGGGAUCUGGAAUAUUUCGUUCAACUCAGUUUGCCGUAUUUGAAGCUGUAUACACAAUGAUGGAUACAUCGUUUGGGAGAUCAGAGAUUCCUGGAACAUUUGGACUCCAAACCCGUGUUGUACUAGCUGGCUGCUGUGGUUCUACAGCCAGGGCUAUAAUAGAAUGUCCCUUGGAAUAUGCCAAAGUACGCAGACAAACCAACCAAACCUGGAAGUUUAGGAGCCUUUAUACGGGUUUUGGAGUAACAUGGUGCAGGACCAUGGGGCUCAUGACAACUUACUUUAUACUAGUUGAUACCGGGAGAAGACAUUUUGCUGAACAUUUUCAAAGGCCAUUCCUGGGUCCAUUCCUGACAUCUGGAAUAGCAGCAACUUUAGCAUGGUGGCUGGUGUGGCCAUUAGAGUACAUGAAGUCACAGGUCCAAACUGGAUAUGGCAAAGAGAUGUCUACCCUCCAGCGUAUGAGACUAGUCAUCAGGGAAAGAGGUGGUUUCUUUGGCUUGUAUCGUGGUCUUGGUCCUGGCACAAUUAGGAGUUUUCUCUCUAAUGGAUGUAGCAUGGUUGUCAUGAGCUGGGCACAGAGGAAGGUCUCUGAGAUGGGAUUAAGGGAUAACUAAUCAAUAUGAGGAAAUGUUGAAUUGACUGGAAUGUAACCCUACCCAGUAAAUCCAGUAAAUAUUCUGGAGGCCUCGUAUCAUGUAUGGUAAUGUAAGCCAUAAGGACAAUACUGUAUUAACCAAAAGGGCUACUUUAUAGAAAAACUGAAAUAUGCAUAUAUGAGCAGUUUCAAAUUGUUUAGAUACUUCUCAUGAAGUAAAGGUGGUUGAUAUUGACUCACUGAGCACUACCAGUGAUUGAAUGUGCCUUUAUAUAUGCUGUGUAAAGAUCCGGUGCUAGGGUGUGAAAGGAUCCCAAUUUUUGCUUUUGCUUUUUAGCUUAUAUGACUCAUUUCAAGUUACAUUACUAUUAUAGUAUUUAUAUUUUAUUUAGUUGUGGUACCAAUAAGUACCAAAAGUGAUAUUAGUGCCAAAGUAUUAGAUUGAAAACUCAGUGUAGUUUUAUAAUAGAAUCAUUUUAGUCUUUCCAUGGUUCCUCCAGUCAGGAAAAAACAAAAUGACUCCCAACAAUGUGAUAUUUUUAUUUUAUUUAUGUAUUAUACAAUCAUGGAUCAGGCAUAACAAUGAAUAAUCAUGGAAAGGUUUUUUUCGUUGAUAUAUAUUUUUGAUGUAGCAGAUAUAUAAACUUGUAAAGUGAUACAGGAGAAAAUCAGUAGUGCAUGAGGGUAUCGUAACAUUGAAAGGGCUUUCAGAAAAGGGCUUUCAGAAUAUUUUCACUGAAAAAACCUCUAUCCCCUAUCGAAGCCCAAAAAAGUUUCAGCACCAAAAAUAUAUACAGUCAGAAAAAAAUUGUCUUACUAGUCCAACAUACACAUAUUUUUCUUCAGAGAGUCAGAUCCAGAGUAUUUUUCUGAACAAGGUUAGGUCCCUUAUAUCUACUGGUUUGCCCCUUGUAUGUUUUUCAUGGUAUCAUGAAUCGCUCGUUUUAGUGCAAGCAAUACGUAUACACCAAUAUGUGAUACUUUCAAACAGAGACUCUUCCAGUGUUAGAAAGGACAGAGAUAUCAUGAGUAUCAAAAUGCAUAUAGAUGUUAAAUGUAAGAUGAAAAAGUAUGAAACCUUCAAAGGCAGCUAGCUAUUCAUACAAACAGCAUUUAUCUCUCAGCAUAUAAGUACAUGUAUAUCACAAGUGGAGACAUAUUGUUAUAGUUUCCAACU